AUGCAGCAGGUUUUACAGUGUGCUGCAUCUGGUCACCAAAGCGUUGGAUUAGAAUUGAAUCCGAUCCUGAUGAUGUAUUCAAAAUAUAAAGCCAGGAAAAUGGGUUUGUCUCAAAUAGCCAAAUUUUACAGGAAGGAUAUCUUCAAAGAAAAUUUGGAAGGUUAUAAAACUGCAGUGAUUUUUGGAGCUGAGACCAUGAUGGAAGAGAUUCUUAUGAAGGUUGAUGAGAUGAAGGUAGGAUCAUAUUUGAUUGCUUGCCGAUUCCCAUUGCCUGACAACAAGGCUUGGAGAUUAAUAGAAGUAGUUGGGGAGGGCGUGGACACUGUCUGGCUGUAUAGAAAGUGUUUUGACGUAGAUAUUCCUGGAAACGGAUUAAGUAAUAACAGCUUGAAGUUUAUAGUGCUUUUUUGGCACUGGAUAUUGGCAAAAGUUCUUGUCUCUAUCUUUGAGGGAUGUUGGAAUUACGUCAAUGGGGCGGCAGACCCUCUUACUUCGGAGGUUCUGGGUCUUUUAUUAGCAGUCAAAGGAGAUGGAGAGCAUCGUACUACAAGAAUUCAGCCGGAUUUGUUGGUAGAAUGUUCAGGCAUGGGCCUUCGAUUUCCGUUUACUUCAAAGGAAGUGGACUUUCCUAUUACGCGCAAAGAAUAG